CGCACGGUGCAGUGUACACAGACAAGAUGGCAGCUUCUGUGGAAGACGAGUUUGAAGAUGCUCCUGACGUGGAGCCGUUAGAACCAACUCUGAAGAACAUCAUCGAGCAGAAAUCCCUCAAGUGGAUAUUCGUGGGAGGGAAAGGAGGUGUGGGUAAAACGACCUGUAGCUGUAGUUUGGCUGUCCAGCUGGCUGCUGUGAGGGAGAGUGUCCUGAUCAUCUCCACAGAUCCUGCCCAUAACAUCUCUGAUGCUUUUGACCAGAAGUUCUCAAAGGUGCCGACCAAGGUCAUGGGCUAUGAGAACCUCUUUGCGAUGGAGAUUGACCCUAGCCUGGGUGUAGCAGAGCUGCCUGAUGAGUUCUUCGAAGAGGACAACAUGCUCAGCAUGGGCAAGAAGAUGAUGCAGGAAGCCAUGAGUGCCUUCCCUGGCAUCGAUGAGGCCAUGAGCUACGCAGAGGUCAUGAGGUUAGUGAAAGGAAUGAACUUCUCAGUGGUGGUCUUUGACACUGCCCCCACUGGCCACACACUGCGGCUGCUCAACUUCCCCACCAUCGUGGAGCGUGGGCUGGGUCGCCUCAUGCAGAUCAAGAACCAGAUCAGUCCUUUCAUCUCACAGAUGUGUAACAUGCUGGGUCUGGGGGACAUGAACGCAGACCAGCUUGCCUCGAAGCUUGAAGAGACGCUGCCUGUCAUCCGCUCAGUCAGUGAGCAGUUCAAAGACCCUGAACAGACCACCUUCAUCUGUGUUUGUAUCGCUGAGUUCCUCUCCCUGUACGAGACGGAGCGGCUCAUCCAGGAGCUGGCCAAGUGCCGCAUCGACACGCACAACAUCAUCGUCAACCAACUUGUUUUCCCUGAGUCAGAGAGGCCGUGUAAAAUGUGUGAAGCCCGCCAUAAAAUACAGUCCAAGUAUUUAGACCAGAUGGAGGACCUUUAUGAAGAUUUCCACAUAGUCAAGCUGCCGCUGCUGCCCCACGAAGUCCGAGGUGCCGAAAAGGUUAACACGUUCUCUCAGCAACUUCUGGAGCCGUACAAGCCCCCAAACAAGUGAUCUCCGUCCCUGCAGGACUUCCCUCCCUCUGGCCCCCUUCUUUGCAGACCACACCUCUAUCUGCAGUCUGACCUCCCCCCCCCCCGUGAGCCCCCUCCUACACUGGCCUCAAGCCCCACAGUAACAGGCUCAAGGUGAUCCACUCAGUCGUCAGCCCAUCAUCCGAAGUAGAGCGCCUCCGCAGCGAGACACAGGUGCUUAAUGAAGGGGAGCUGAUGAUCACAAACACCAAAUUAUAUUCUGCUGUAAUGUUAGAGAUAAGACAGAUAAGAGCUGCCUGACUCUCACUUCACCUCCUCUUGUCUCCAUAUCCUCCGUGUGGCAGUCGAACUAUUCCUACUUAAAGCAUUUAACUUUUUCUUAACAACCCCCCCCCUCUCCCUCCAUCUGACGCAGUGUCCAGCUUCGACUAUGUAAAAACUAAAUAAGUGUUUCCAGUGAUGGUGCUGUGUGUUCCUCAUUUCAGAUGGUUGAUGUUUAUUCCGUGUGACUUGGUGGCUGUGUGCGUUCUCCAGUUUGACUUUUGACUAAAAUUUCCCACUAACUCAUCUGGCACACAUCCGGACCUUCCAUCCGGAUGUCGACAGAUUUGGAGUGUGACAGCAGGGCAGUGAAAACAGACAUAAAGAAAACUAUUUAAAAUGGAAUAUGGCUUGUGGUCUUAAGUAAUUUUUUGGCCGAGACCAAAAAAGUGUCUUUUACCUUUUGUCAAAUCUUUACUCACUCCUCCAUGCGACUGUGGUGUAAAUGCAGUUACCUAACGUCAAUGAGAUUUUGAAUCAAGUCAAACUAGGAGCUUUAAAUGGUCUGUGCCUCUGUUAUGGUUUGAACUGGACAGUCUUAAAGCUAGGGUUGGUAAUCCUGGAGAAGCUAGCAAAAGCAGGCUACACCAUAUCACAGAUACAGCCAAGCCCCUCCCCUUGUCCCUCCCGACAAAGCUAUGCCCCUGAAGCACAUGAAAGCUCACUGACUAACAACCGCUAAUGACAACUUUUUUGUGACCAUUUCACUAACUUCUGGCUAACGUCUCUGCUUCAGAGGGGAAUGUCUCCCCGAGGGCAACACACACAGGCAUUUUUUCUUCAUUUUUUUCAAACAACUAUAUUUAUUGAUGGCUAUCAGGUCGUGAAGAGGAUUUAAAAAAAUUACCAACCCUGCCUUAAAUGGCCUCUGUUGAAUAUCUAGUUGCUUCAGACAGAUGAUGCUGGUGACCUGAUGUUUCAGUGGCUGAACGUUCAUUAUUGUUUCGGCUGAUUCCCCAACACAUGCUCCCACAAGCUCUGUCAAUCAUUAUAUCUGUUUACUUAAGACUAUAACUUAUGGGAACACAAUUGAAAGACAUUAGUAGCCUUAUUUAGUGCAUUGUUAAUUAAGAAUAUAUUGAAUGUUGCUUGAUCAAUGAUGUUGAACCAAUGAAUGGUGAGUAAAGCAUCUUUGCCCUAGAGUGGACUCUGAUUGGCUGAUCUGAUGAUUGAAUUACUUCAUUUCCCAACAGACACAUAGAGAAGACAGGUUACUCCACCCCUCAAUCCAACUCUUCAUCUCUCCCCUCUGUAACUGAAUGCUUUUGAGACGAUACAAAGCUGUUUUCUAUAAAUUAUUUAGCAAGUGUUGAUUAAAAUGAACUUGCCUCA